AUGGCGUGUGAGACCCCUGUUCAUGGGGAGACUUUUCGGGAUAGCUUCGAGUUGAAUGUGACAGAGUGUCCACCGAAAAGAAGAGGCGUCUACUGCAACCAAACAUGUGGCUGCCUGCAAGGGGCUGCCUGCGACCGCUGGGCCGGCUGCGAAUGUCCGUCGGGGUGGGAGGGCGAGCACUGUGAGCUAAGGUGUCCGGAUGGAACUUACGGUAAAGGCUGUGUUCACAAAUGUGACUGUGAAAACACAAAAAUAUGUCACCAUGUCACGGGACAGUGUAUUUGCGUGGGAAGGACGGGGGCCAACUGCGAAGAACCCUGCCCUUGGGGAAAGUACGGCCCGGGAUGUGAGAGAUCUUGCGAAUGCAGAAGCAAUGUUUCUUGUGACGCCAUGACUGGAAGAUGCCACUGUGAGCAGGCCGGUUUGGCGGGUGAGUUCUGUGAGUUAGAGAAGUCCGAAAACGAUGUUUAUACAGUCCGAAACGUCAUCAUCGCAUUGAUUAUUGUUCUCACCUUCUUCGCCGUAUGCCUCGCCAGACAAACAUGUUGGCAGAGAUUCAAGAAUCAUGAGUUUGAAUUUGACGAACAGCUGGUGACUGACGACUUUGAACAGCGGCUACUCGGCUGGGAGAAAGAUCCCCGGAUGUUGGACCUAGCAGAGAUGAUAGGUCAGGGGAAGUUUGGACAUGUUUUACGAGGACAGCUUAGCAAUCCUGACGGAAGCGUCUUGCAAGUUGCGGCUAAAACGGUUCACCAAAACGACGCACAAGCUCACCGAGCCUUCUCUCACGAGAUGGCCAUCAUGAUCACCAUACAGGAGGGGUUGGAGAAUCCAGUUCGCUGCUCAAAUAUCGUAAGACUUCACGGCAUCAUAACGCAGUCAGAGCCGAAGUAUAUUCUUCUUGAGUACGCAGAGAGAGGGGACCUAUUGUCUGCUUUGCGACAGUCGCGAAAUGGUGAUGCUCGUCAGAACCUCUGGCGACUUGCCGUAGACGUUGCUCGAGCACUCCUCUAUCUCCAGGAGCUCAAGCUUGUGCACCGAGACGUCGCAGCUCGCAACGUUCUCAUCUCGGCCGACGGUGUCGGUAAACUUGCUGACUUUGGACUCUCACGAGACAUUUACACUGAUUCUGUCUACAUGCACAGAGACAACCCGGGACAGUCAAACCAUCUACCACUGAAGUGGAUGGCGUUGGAAUCAUUGAGGGAUGGAGAAUUCACCCACAAGAGUGACGUGUGGUCAUAUGGAGUGCUUCUAUGGGAGAUUGCCACGAUGGGAAACGAACCCGUGUACCCUGGUCCUCUCAGACCUGACUGCCACCAUCUCGUCAAUGUGUUGGAGGAAGGACAUCGUCUGCAGCUGCCCCGUGGCUGCAGUAUGAACAUGUACCGCCUGAUGGCGAGAUGUUGGAGCGCCGACCAUGAUCGGAGGCCAGAGCCCCAGGAUUUGAUCAAGACUGUCCAACUCUACGGCAACGUACAAGAAGAAUCGGGAACAGCCAACCUAACAUGUGAUCUUAGAGAUCUGGAGUCUUACGACUUUUUUGGAAUUCAAGUUGAAUCCGUAGAGUUGGAACUGGAGACCUUAGGAUGCGAGAAAGGCAAGUUUGGACCUCUGUGUGACCAAGACUUCGUAUCAGAAGAUGGGGAGACUUUUCGGGAUAGCUUCUUGUUGAAUGUGACAGAGUGUCCGCCGAAUAGAAGAGGCGUCUACUGCAACCAAACGUGUGGCUGCUUGCAAGGGGCUGCCUGCGACCGCUGGGCCGGCUGCGAAUGUCCGUCGGGGUGGGAGGGCGAGCACUGCGAAGCCAGGUGCCUCGAUGGGUCUUACGGGAAAGGCUGUGUUCAUAAAUGUGACUGUGAAAACACAGAAAUAUGUCACCAUGUCACGGGACAGUGUAUCUGCGUAGGAAGGACGGGGGCCAACUGCGAAGAACCCUGCCCUUGGGGAAAGUACGGCCCGGGAUGUGAGAGAUCUUGCGAAUGCAGAAGCAAUGUUUCUUGUGACGCAAUGACUGGAAGAUGCCACUGCGAGCAGGCCGGUUUGGCGGGUGAGUUCUGUGAGGUAGAGAAGUCCGAAGGCGAUGUUUAUACAGUCCGAAAUGUCAUAAUCGCAUUGAGUAUUGUUUUCACCUUCUUCGUCGUAUGCCUCGCCAGACAAACAUGUUGGCAGAGACUUAAGAAGCACGAGUUUGAAGAUGACGAACUAGUGACAGGCGACUUUGAACAGCGGCUACUCGGCUGGGAGAAAGAUCCCCGGAUGUUGGACUUAGCAGAGAUGAUAGGACAGGGGAAGUUCGGACAUGUUUUGCGAGGACAGCUUAGCAAUUCUGACGGAAGCGUGUUGCAAGUUGCGGCUAAAACGGUUCACCAAAACGACGCACAAGCUCACCGAGCCUUCUGUCACGAGAUGGCCAUCAUGAUCACCAUACAGGAGGGCUUGGAGAAUCCAGUUCGCUGCUCAAAUAUCGUAAGACUUCACGGCAUCAUAACGCAGUCAGAACCGAAGUAUAUUCUUUUUGAGUACGCAGAGAGAGGGGACUUAUUGUCUGCUCUACGACAGUCGCGAAAUGGCGAUGCUCGUCAGAACUUCUGGCGACUUGCCGUAAACGUUGCUCGAGCACUCCUCUAUCUCCAGGAGCUGAAGCUUGUGCAUCGAGACGUCGCAGCUCGCAACGUUCUCAUCUCGGCCGACGGUGUGGGUAAACUUGCUGACUUUGGACUUUCGCGCGACAUUUACACUGAUUCUGUCUACACGCACAGAGACAACCCGGGACAGGCAAACCAUCUACCACUGAAGUGGAUGGCGUUGGAAUCAUUGAGGGAUGGAGAAUUCACCCACAAGAGUGACGUCUGGUCAUAUGGAGUACUUCUAUGGGAGAUUGCCACGAUGGGAAACGAACCCGUGUACCCUGGUCCUCUCAGACCUGACUGUCACCAUCUCGUCAAUGUGUUGGAGGAGGGACAUCGUCUGCAGCUCCCCCGGAACUGCAGUAUGAACAUGUACCGCCUGAUGCGGAGAUGUUGGAGCGCUGACCAUGAUCGGAGGCCAGAGCCUCAGGAUUUGAUCAAGACUGUCCAACUCUACGGCAACGUAAAAGAAGAGUGGGUGGAGAAAGAAACUACACAAGGGGACCGAAGAGGCGUCUACUGCAACAAAACGUGUGGCUGUCUGCAAGGGGCUGCCUGCGACCGCUGGGCCGGCUGCGAAUGUCCAUCGGGGUGGAAGGGCGAGCACUGCGAGCUCAGGUGCCCCGAUGGAACUUACGGGAAAGGCUGCGUUCACAAAUGUGACUGUGAAAACACAAAAAUAUGUCACCAUGUCACGGGACAGUGUAUCUGCGUGGGGAGGACGGGGGCUAACUGCGAAGAGCCCUGCCCUUGGGGAAAGUACGGCCCGGGAUGUGAGAGAUCUUGCGAAUGCAGAAGAAACGUUUCUUGUGACGUCAUGACUGGAAGAUGCCACUGUGAGCAGGCCGGUUUGGCAGGAGAGUUCUGUGAGUUAGAGAAGUCCGGUGGCGACGUUUAUACAGUCCGAAACGUCAUCAUCGCAUUAAGUAUUGUUGUCACCUUCUUCGCCGUAUGCCUCACCAAACAAACAUGUUGGCAGAGACUCAAGAAGCAUGAUUUUGAAGAUGACGAACUGGUGACACACGACUUUAAUCAGCGUCUACUCAGCUGGGAGAAAGAUCCCCGGAUGUUGGACCUAGCAGAGAUGAUAGGACAAGGAAAGUUCGGGCAUGUUUUGCGAGGAAAGCUUAGCAAUCCUGACGGAAGCGUGUUGCAAGUUGCGGCUAAAACGGUUCACCAAAACGACUCACAAGCUCACCGAGCCUUCUGUCACGAGAUGAACGUCAUGGUCACCAUACAUGAGGGCUUGGAGAAUCCAGUUCGCUGCUCAAAUAUCGCGAGACUUCACGGCAUCAUAACGCAGUCAGAACCGAAGUAUAUUCUUUUUGAGUACGCAGAGAGAGGGGACUUAUUGUCUGCUCUGCGACAGUCGCGAAAUGGCGAUGCUUGUCAGAACUUCUGGCGACUUGCCAUGGACGUUGCUCGAGCACUCCUCUUUCUCCAAGAGCUCAAGCUUGUGCACCGAGACGUCGCAGCUCGCAACGUUCUCAUCUCGGCCGACGGUGUCGGUAAGCUUGCUGACUUUGGACUCUCACGUGACAUUUACACUGAUUCAGUCUACAUGCACAGAGACAACCCGGGACAGUCGAACCAUCUACCACUGAAGUGGAUGGCGUUGGAAUCAUUGAGGGAUGGAGAAUUCACCCACAAGAGUGACGUGUGGUCAUAUGGAGUACUUCUAUGGGAGAUUGCCACGAUGGGAAACGAACCAGUGUACCCUGGUCCUCUCAGACCUGACUGCCACCAUCUCAUCAAUGUGUUGGAGGAGGGACAUCGUCUGCAGCUCCCCCGUGGCUGCAGUAUGAACAUGUACCGCCUGAUGGGGAGAUGUUGGAGCGCCGAUCAUGAUCGGAGACCAGAGCCUCAUAAUUUGAUCAAGUCUGUCCAACUCUACGGCAACGUAAAAGAAGAGUGGGCGGAGAAAGAAACUACAGUGGAUUCUUCGAACCGGUUUGCUGAGGUUAUGGUCCUAGCUGAGAGUAAACAGUUUCCACAUUGGACCACUGAGGACUACAUGCCACCAGCUAAGGUAUCGCCGGAAGUUUUGCCGGCAUGGGAAGCGAAACCUAUAGCUCGUUAUUUCCUCUUUCUGUACAUUCCUCUUUCAAGAACGGGAACAGCGAACCUAACAUGUGAUCUUAGAAACAUCGAGUCUUACGACUUUUUUGGCAUUCAAGUUGAAUCCGUAGAGUUGGAACUGGAGACCGUAGGAUGCGAGGAAGGCAAGUUUGGACCUCUGUGUGACCAAGACUGUAGGUGUAAGAACGGAGCACGCUGCCACGGGUUAAACGGAGCUUGCAAAUGCACCCCAGGAUGGCAAGGUGUCGCUUGUGACAUACCAAAGCCAACAGUGGCAAUAAAAAUGUCGUCCAAAGUCCCAGGCAACAUUGCUUACAUUGGGAGUACAGUGUCGCUUUCGUGUAUGACAUUCCACCUUAACAUUAUUCAAGUUCAAUGGGACUUUAAAUCUUUUUUAAACCGUCAAAACAAAACGAAUAUCUUGUCAAGGACAAACAACACCGUGAUCAACAUAGGGUCUGUUUCCCCUGAUAACAAUGGGAAUUACACAUGCACCGUCGUAUCAGAAGACGGAGAGACCUUUCGGGAUAGCUUCGUGCUGAAUGCGACUGAGUGUCCACCGAAUAGAAGAGGCAUCUACUGCAACCAAACGUGUGACUGCCUGCAAGGGGCUGCGUGCGACCGCUGGACCGGCUGCAAAUGUCUGUCGGGGUGGGAGGGCGAGCACUGCGACCUGAGGUGCCCCUAUGGAACUUACGGUAAAGGCUGUGUUCACAAAUGUGACUGUGAAAACACUGCAACCUGUCACCAUGUCACGGGACAGUGUGUCUGCGUGGAAAGGACGGGGGCCAACUGCGAAGAACCCUGCCCUUGGGGACAGUACGGCCCGGGAUGUGAGAGAUCUUGCGAAUGCAGAAGCAACGUUUCCUGCGACGUCAUGACCGGAAGAUGCCACUGCGAGCAGGCCGGUUUGGCGGGAGAGUUCUGUGAGUUAGAGAAAUCCGGUGACAACGUUUAUACAGUUCGGAACGUCAUCAUCGCAUUGAGCAUUCUUCUCACCUUCUUCGUCGUAUGCCUCGCCAGACAAACAUGUUGGCAGAGACUCAAGAAGCUCGAGUUUGAAGAUGACGAGCUGAUCACGGGCGACUUUGAACAGCGGCUACUCGGCUGGGAGAAAGAUCCCCGGAUGUUGGACCUGGCAGAGAUGAUAGGACAGGGGAAGUUCGGACAUGUUUUACGAGGACAGCUUAGUAAUCCUGACGGAAGCGUGUUGCAAGUUGCGGCUAACACGGUUCACCAAAACGACGCACAAGCUCACCGAGCUUUCAGUCACGAAAUGGCCAUUAUGAUCACCAUACAGGAGGGCUUGGAGAAUCCAGUUCGCCGCUCAAAUAUCGUGAGACUUCACGGCAUCAUAACACAGUCAGAACCGAAGUAUAUUCUUUUUGAGUACGCAGAGAGAGGGGACUUAUUAUCUGCUUUGCGACAGUCGCGAAAUGGCGAUGCUCGUCAGAACUUCUGGCGACUUGCCGUAGACGUUGCUCGAGCACUCCUCUAUCUCCAGGAGCUGAAGCUUGUGCAUCGAGACGUCGCAGCUCGCAACGUUCUCAUCUCGGCCGACGGUGUCGGGAAACUUGCUGACUUUGGACUCUCACGUGACAUUUACACUGAUUCCGUCUACAUGCACAGAGACAACCCGGGACAGUCAAACCAGCUACCACUGAAGUGGAUGGCCUUGGAAUCAUUGAGGGAUGGAGAAUUCACCCACAAGAGUGACGUGUGGUCAUAUGGAGUGCUUCUAUGGGAGAUUGCCACGAUGGGAAAUGAACCCGUGUACCCUGGUCCUCUCAGACCUGACUGUCACCAUCUCGUCAAUGUGUUGGAGGAAGGACAUCGUCUGCAGCUCCCUCGUGGCUGUAGUAUGAACAUGUACCGCCUGAUGGUGAGAUGUUGGAGCGCCGACCAUGAUUGGAGGCCAGAGCCUCAGGAUUUGAUCAAGUCUGUCCAACUCUACGGCAACGUACAGGAGUGGGUGGAGAAAGAAACUACAGUAUGA